GAAAACUUGGUAGAAGAAUGGAGGUAGGAGGAGAUAUUCACAACCUCUCGUAUCAGGACUUGGCUUGUUACACCGAUAACUUUUCCGAGAGCAACUACCUCUGCCACUUCCAAUUCGGCAAACUUUAUCGGGGAAAGAUUGUCCAUGCUGAAUCCACUCUUUUUGUGAUGGUCAAGAUAUGGGAGGAUUCCAAAAUCUACUGUUAUGAACCUGGAGAUAAUGAAUCUAGAAUACUGGACGAAGUGAUUUUACUUCGCCAUCAUUCGGUGAUUAAUCAUCCAAACAUUAUAAAGUUGUACGGAUUCUGUUAUGAAGGUGGUCGUCUUGCUGUUGUUUAUGAUUUCAAUCCAUUUGACUCCGUUUAUAACCUCGUUCUUAAAGAUGAUUUCACUUGGCUGCAAAGAAUCAAUGUCCUCGUGCGAUUUGCUUCACUCCUCAGUUUUUUGCACACGAUAAAGAGUCCGUACAAACCUUUAACACUUCGCAAUCUUGAUUGUGCUCAUAUUGUGCUUGACAAGGAUUAUAAUCCAAAGUUAUGUGAUUUUAGUCUUGUAACUGGUGGGAUUUUCCCCGACAGGACAAUAUAUAAAUGCCGUCGUGUGAUUGGAAGCUAUGGCUACAUGGAUGUUGGCGCAUGGCAGGAAGAUCAUGAUCCGGAUAAGCCAGAUGUGUUUGCAUUUGGGAAUAUACUCUUGAGUUUGAUUUCAAAGAGAGUUUUCACCGAACAAGACCGGCAAAAUCUUUCACCAUAUGUUUUCAACUGGGCCUACAAAAAGUGUUUGGAAUAUAAAUAUGGUUCAGAUUGGGACUCGGAGAAAGAUGAUUCAGAUAGUGACUCCUCAAAGAAAGACGAUUCAAUUAGUGACUCCUCGAAGGAAGAUGAUUCAGAUAGUGACUCGCAGAGGCCCAAGUUUUCGCUCGUCCACCAAAGUCUAGCAGAGCCUCAGAGGAACCCGAUUUUGAUCCUUCUGAUGGGCCCAAGAUUACUUCACUCGGAUUGGAUUGCACACUUGAUGAAUUCGGUAAGCGCCCCACAAUGAAGCAAGUUCGAAGUUUUCUUCUCAAUCCUGAAGUUGUUAGGAAACAUGCCAGUUUCGCCUCAUGUGAAAAUGUC